AUGCUAUCGCACGUCACCCUUCACCUAUUGGUGGCCGCUGGGCUCGCCUUAGGUGCCGAGCUCGACUUCGUCAAGCCAUCCAACAGCUAUAUCGUCGAGUACAAGAACGGUAUCACCAAGCGAGACAAUAUCUUCUCCCGCGAUGCUAGCAUCAAAGUUGUCCGAGACUUCCACAGCGACAUCUUCUACGGCGCCAAUAUCGAGGCUGAAAAACACACCGCCGAGGAACUCCUGGCCCUCCCCGAGGUCGCCAAUGUUUGGCCCAACCGCUUCUACGAGCCCAUGAGGGUUGUUGCUAGGCAGUCGGCUGAUAACUCGACCGACCUGCCGCCUGGAUCUGACCUCAACCCCAAUGAGUACGACGUGCACAACGCGACGGGCGUGUGGGCUCUCCACCAAAAGGGCAUCAAGGGCAAGGGCGUCAAGAUUGCCGUCGUCGACACUGGCGUCGACUACACCCACCCCGACCUGGGAGGCGGCUUCGGCCCCGGAUUCAAGGUCGCCGGUGGCUACGACUUUGCCGGUGAUGGGAACUGGCCCAAGGGACCUAGAGAGCCUGAUGACGACCCAAUGGGUCUGCAAGAUCACGGCACCCACGUGGCCGGCAUCGUGGCCGGCAAGGGCAAAAACUGGUCCGGCGUCGCCCCCGAGGCUACCAUCUACGCAUACAAGACUUAUGCCCGGGACGGCACCGACGAGGCCAUCAACAUUGACGCCUUCCUCGCAGCAUACGAGGCCGGCGUCGACAUCAUCACAGCCAGCAUCGGCCUCGGUGGCGGUUGGUCCGACGGUGCCUGGGAGGAGGUUGCGACACGUCUUGCCAACAAGGGCGUGGUCAUCACCGUGUCUGUGGGCAACGGUGGCGACGGCGGGCCUUUUCGCGCCUUGUCCCCCUCUGGUGCGAAGGGCGUCCUUGCUGUUUCCAACAUCGACACAUACUCGAACCGCGAUGCGAAGCUGGCCGUCCCCGACUAUAGCACCUCAUGGGGGCCUCUCUUCGACCUGCAGAUGAAGCCUGACGUCGGUGCCCCAGGAGCAUAUAUUUACAGCACCGUCUUCAACCACGGAUGGGCUAUCUACAGCGGUACUUCCAUGGCGACACCCUAUCUCGCCGGAGUCGCGGCUCUCUACAUUGGCCAAUUCGGCGGCCGAGGCACGCAGAACGGCGCCAAGUUUGCCAAGAUGAUGCAUAAUCGCCUUGUGUCCAAUGUCCGCAAGGUGAAUCAGUGGAGCUGGAGCGAGCCGACCGCUUCAGUUGCCCAGAUCGGAAGCGGCCUGAUCAACGCCACAAGCCUCUUCGCAUCGACAACCGACCUGAUGUACAAGCCCAUGGCCCUCAACGACACUCGCUUUUUCUCCGGCCACCACAAGAUCACCGUGAUCAAUAACAGCAAGAAGCCUGUCGAGUACUCUCUUACCAAGGAGGACUCGCAGGGCGUCAGCACCCUGGGCAACGGAGAGUACGACACCAUUGUCAAGGAGUACAGCUACUUGCAGUGGUACGAGUACUCCAUCAAUGCUACGCUUCCCAAAAAGUUCACUCUGCAGCCUGGCGAGAGCAAGGAGGUCACCGUCUCUUUUCAGAACCCCGACAAGUCCAAUUGGUAUAAACCAAGCAUGCCCUUAUACGGCGGCAACAUCAUCGUCUCGGGCUCCAACGGCGACCGUCUCGCCAUCCCCUUCGUAGGUGUCGGCGCUGACCUGAAGGGAACCUUCAAGAACAUGUUCCUUGCCGAGCCGCGUAUGCAAUCCCUCGACCCGCCUGUUCAGCAAGGCCUCAACGGUUCCACUCCCUCCUUCUCCUUCAACCUCACCGCUCAGGACUUCCCUGUCAUCUUGGCCGGCAUCGGCUGGGGCACUCGUCAGCUCCGCUACGACAUCUUCGAAAAGGGAUGGACAGAGCGUGCGUGGAAGUGGCCCCUAGUCCCGGGGAAGAACAAGUACGUGGGCUCGGGCACAUGGUGGGUUGGGGCGGGACAGGUUCCCAAGUGGUUUGACGACCAGGGCUGGAAUCCAGACGAGACGACUGACUAUCCCUUGGUAAACACGGGUCGAGCAGCGGCCAUGCCUGGAUACGACAAGCGAGAGUACUGGUGGUUUGGCAAGCUUACCAACGGCACCAAGAUUGCCCGAGGCGAGUAUGUAUUGCGAUUUGCAGCCCUUGUCCCUUUCGGCCGGCCGGAGGUGGCGGCCGACUGGGAUACCUUGGCAGUGCCUUUCAAGGUGACGGGACAGUACAAGUCUUUGUAG